AUGAACUGGGGUUUCCUGGAGAAGAUCCUGAGUGGAGUCAACAAGUACUCCACCGUGAUCGGCCGCAUCUGGCUGUCGGUGGUGUUCUUGUUCCGCAUCCUGGUGUACGUGGCGGCGGCGGAGCAGGUGUGGAAGGACGAGCAGAAGGACUUUGUCUGCAACACUCGGCAGCCGGGCUGUGAGAACGCCUGCUUCGACCGCUCCUUCCCGGUGUCGCAGGUCCGGCUCUGGGCCCUGCAGCUCAUCAUGGUGUCCACGCCGUCUCUGCUGGUGGCGCUGCACGUGGCCUACAGGGAGCACCGCGAGAGCCGCCUCCACCGCAAGAUCUACGCCGACAAGAGCAGCCUGGACGGAGGCUUGUUCUGCACCUACACCUUCAGCCUGAUCUGCAAGACAGCCUUUGAGGUGGGAUUCCUUCUGGCUUUUUACUUCAUCUACGACGGCUUCGAAGUGCCCAUCCUGAUCCGCUGCGACGAGAGCCCCUGCCCCAACACCGUGGACUGUUACAUCGGGAAAGCCACAGAGAAGAAGAUCUUCCUCUGCAUCAUGGGCACCACCUCCAUCCUCUGCAUCGUCCUCAACCUCCUGCACACAGCCCACGGCAAACACUGCGUGAGGAAAACCUGCUGCACCGGUUCAGACAGACGCUCAUCACCUGCUGCUGUCCUCCUGCUGAGAGACCUCCUGCUGAGAGACCUCCUGCUGAGAGACCUCCUGCUGAGAGGCCUCCUGCUGCUGCUGCCUGGACUACUACAUUAA